AUGGAAGAACAGAUAGAACAAGCGGUAGCUUAUGCAUUAAGUCCCACAGCAGAUCAAAGCCUGAAAAAUCAGGUUGGUAGUUGGAAAUCAAAGGUUCCUCUGGCUAUCAAUUUUUGCGAUCAAGUAAAGGUAUCUCCCGAUGGUUGGCAUUUAUGCUUAUCUUUGUUCGUAAGGUUUCCAAAAAGUACACCAGAGGCUCGUUUGUUUGCUUUACAAGUUCUGGAAGAUGUGAUGCAAAAUAGAUUUUUGAGUCUUAACAAAUCACAAGUUAUUCAGAUUCAAUCCACAUUAAUGGAAUUCGUUAAACGAGAAUAUGUGAUUGGAGAAGGCGGUGGAGUUGAUCUUGGUGCCGAACCAUUAUACCUGAAGAACAAAUUUGCCCACACUUUAACUUUACUUUUCAUUCAGAUGUAUCCUUCGGAUUGGCACGAUUUUUUCGAUCAGUUUCUGGAACUACUUCAAACAAAUACGGUGAAUGGAAGCAAGACAAAUAUUCGUACAGUAGACAUUUUUUUGAGAAUAUUAAUGUCAAUUGAUGAAGAAGUUGCAAAUAUAGUAGUUCCGAGAGGAAAAGAUCAGGCUCAUAGAAAUACAGCAAUCAAAGACAAUAUGAGAGCAGGCGAUAUACAAAAGCUCACAUCUACUUGGUAUGAAAUAUUGAGUGAUUAUCGUGCUCGAAAUCCAGAGAUUGCCGAAAUGUGUUUAAAAGUCAUUGGUCUUUACAUUGCUUGGAUUGAUAUUAAUUUAAUCGUGAACGACGCGUUUAUUACGCUUUUAUAUGAGUUAUUGACCGAUACGAAGCUUCGAAUUGCUGCUUGUGAAUGCUUGUCAGAGAUUGUAUAUAAAGGAAUGAAACCUGUAGAAAAACUCAAAUUGAUUGAGUUUUUAAGUUUGACUAAUAUUAUGGGAAGUUUGGAAUUUACAGAAGAUAUUGAUUUUGUGGAACAUGUUGCAAAAUUAACUAAUGUUUUAGGUGUAGAAUUAUGUAAAAUCUGGGAAGGGGCGGAUACUGAAACAAAAACUGUCGCUUACAAUCAAAUAGAACUGUUACUUCCAUUUUUAUUAAAAUUUUUGGCGAAUGAAUAUGAUGACGUAUCUUGUGCUGUAUUUUCAUUCGUAUCAGCUUUGCUGACGUUUUUUAAAAAGCAAAAGAAGCAAGUUGGAUCUUUAACUGGACCACAGCUUGAAUUUUUAGAUUCAUUACUUAAAGUCAUUGUCAUUAAGAUGAAAUAUGACGAUGAAACAGAUUGGGAAGGGGCAGAGGAUGAAGAAAUGGAAGAGGCCGAAUUUUUAGAGAUGCGAAAGAAUCUAAAAGCAUUUUUUGAUGCAAUUUUUAAUAUCGAUGAAAGUUUAUUUACUUCUUACGUUCAUACUGCUGUGGUUAAUACCCUAGAAAAGUAUCAAAUGGUUGAAAAUUCAGUUGACUGGAGAGAACUCGAAUUAGCUUUACACGUGUUACUUUUAUAUGGAGAGGCAUUUAAGGGACCGUUAGUUUUCGUAAUGAAACAUAAUAAUGAAAUCGUUGCAUUUACUCCUUUAGGACAGAUGGUUUCAAGAAUGAUUCAAUGCAAUGUUUCAACAUUUCAACACCCAGCAAUACCUUUGAUAUUUUUUGAAAACGUAGUACGAUACUAUCAAUUUUUUGAAGUGCAACCAGAUUGUAUUCCCAGUAUACUCGAAGCUUUUGUGGAUUCGCGUGGGUUACAUAAUAGUAUUUUACAGAUUCGUACUCGAUCUUGGUACCUGUUCUAUCGUUUUGUGAAAUUGCUCAAAUCAAGAAUGGGACCCUAUGUGGAGAAUGUGUUGACUAGUAUUCAGGAUUUAUUGGUAGUACAAGCUGAUCUUUCUUCAGUAGACGCAUCAGAAGGGGCUAUAACAAGAGAUCAAGCAAUGGAAGGAGGAUUUGAUGAUCAAAUUUACCUUUUUGAGACCGUUGGUACAUUGAUCACAGUCGAAUCUAUUCCUGCUGAUCGUCAAACGGAAUUUGCAAAGAUUGUUAUUAGUCCUCUGCUGGCAGAUAUUGAAAGAAAUUUAACCACAGAAUUGUCGGAGCCUAAAGAUCUUAAUGUACUUCAGCUGCAUCACUUGAUUAUGGCAGUUGGUAGCAUUGGAAAAGGAUUUCCAGAAGCUCCAAAAAAUGAGGCGCCAAAUGCUCAGUGGGUUGUAUUACUCAAACAGUCUACUGAAGCUAUAUUAGUCGUGCUUAAAGCUUUAAGUCGAUUUGAAAUCAUUCGAGAUGCUGCAAGGUUUGCAUUUGCAAGACUUGUAAAUAUUCUCGGUGUAGAGGUUUUGCCUUAUCUUCCAGAAUUAAUUACUGGAUUGCUUAAUGAGUGCCAAGUCUCAGAAUUAUUGGAUUCUUUACCUUUUAUUGGACUACUAUCUUAUAAAUUUAAUCCAUCAAUUUAUGAUAUUUUAAAUGAGUUAAUUGGUCCUUUGAUUAUUAAAGUUUUUUUUGUUUUAAAUCAAACGCCAUCUGGAACGGAUGAAGCAGUGCUAUUAUUGAAUCUUCGAAAAGCAUAUCUUAGUUUUAUAUUAAGUCUACUAAACGGUGGAAUGGAUGCAGUCUUUGUUAGUGAUUUAAAUCAACCGCGCCUGGAAAAUAUACUUCAAAGUGUUGUUCAUUACGCGAGUGAUCUUGUUGAUUUACCAUCGGCAAGGACUGCUUUUAGUAUCCUUUUAAAAACGGUAACAUUAUGGGGUAGCCCCAUACAGACUUCAACAAAUAACGUUGACUCUGGUCGAUCUCUUCCUGGCUUUGAACAAUUUAUGUAUGAGCACAUAUUGCGAAUUUGUUUUGAAGUUCCGAUGAAGCCUGCAUUUAACAUAACAGAUGGACAAUCAGUUCUGGUAUUAAAUGAAAUACCAGGUAUAAUUAGGACUAUGUAUUCGCAACGAGGACACGAGUUAAUUGAUUAUUUAAGAAGAGUUUGGUUACCACAAAAUCUUGCUGAUGAAUUUGUGCAGGCUCUACAACAAUUGGAUCAAAAAGGAUUCAAAACAUAUUUUCGGACAUUUGUUCAACGAUCAAAAUCAUGA